AUGGUUCUCGCAGGCAUGCGAUGGGAAUCUCGAGGGGCUGGCUGGCUAGCGGAUGAUGGAAACCCAUCCGUUAAUGCUACUGUGGGAGUCACGGGAAAGUUCGGAGUGUUUGGUUCCUGGACGGAUGUUGAGGCUCUCAAGUUUGGACUAGAGCGGUUUCCUGCACUGAGGAAGGUGACCAUCAUCCCAACAGCGCAUGAGAAGCUGUUUCUUCCUCUAUACCGGACGCCUAAUAUACGGAGCUUGCCGUAUACAUUCAACUAUCCCAUGCCACGAGCAUGGGUGUCCUCGGAGGAGAAGAUAUUCCCUGUCAACGCUAUACCAUGGAACGAGGAGACCGACGAGUCUCUCAAAGACCAAUGGCGAGGAUUCCGAGUUGUUACGAGAGCUCUUGCUAAACAAGCUGGCAAACUUGGUGUUUCAGAGCUGAUCAUUGAUCCAUGCAGCCACAAGAUGGGAAUCAACUACCGUAUUUUCAACGGUCCCUGUCGAGAACUGUCCAACUUCACCACGAUGCUGGAACAGCCCGGCUUCAAAUGUCUUGAUCUCGCUCUGUUCGUGGGCGGGAAGGAUGACUCCGUCUGGACACCGUUCAACGACAGCCAUUACCACUCUGCCUUGUCCAAGUGCGCUGAUCUAGAGCACUUCUUGUUCCAUACGGAUAGAGGCAUCUAUGCAACUGAGGACCUGUCCAUGGAGCAUUUCACUUCCCUCCUGUCUCUUUUCCCGUGUACAAGUGGUCAAAAUUACGACACUUUGCCCUCUCGAGCUUCCACGUGGUACACGACUCUUCGCACCGUCGAACUGAGCCAGUUACUCUUCAUCAAGAACGGGGAGAACUAUAACACCCUGCUGACCGGUAUGCGUGAUACGCUUGACUGGAAGGAUAGAGCCGUCGAGAACUGGCCACAGGUCAGGAAGCCUUCCGCCAUGCUGAAUGCAUAUAUGGAGCAGGCCGUAAGCAACUAUCUCUAUGGUGAUGGAGAGAAUCCGAUGCAAGUUGGACCCUGCAGGGAGAUGUAUUUCUCUGGGUAG